GCGGCCGGCUCCCGCUUCCACUCGCUUGGGUGCGCGGGAGACUAUGGCGUCCUCCUCCGUCCCUCCCGCCACCGCACCCGCGGCUGCUGGAGGCCCCGGCCCAGGAUUCGGCUUUGCCUCCAAAACCAAGAAGAAGCAUUUCGUGCAGCAGAAAGUGAAGGUGUUCCGGGCCGCCGACCCGCUGGUGGGCGUGUUCCUGUGGGGCGUCGCCCACUCGAUCAAUGAGCUCAGCCAGGUGCCUCCUCCGGUGAUGUUAUUGCCAGAUGACUUUAAGGCUAGCUCCAAGAUCAAGGUCAACAAUCACCUCUUCCACAGAGAAAAUCUGCCCAGUCAUUUCAAGUUCAAGGAAUAUUGUCCCCAGGUCUUCAGGAACCUCCGUGACCGAUUUGGCAUUGAUGAUCAGGACUACUUGGUGUCCCUUACUCGCAGCCCCCCGAGCGAAAGCGAAGGCAGUGAUGGUCGAUUUCUGAUCUCCUAUGACCGCACGCUAGUCAUCAAAGAAGUGUCCAGCGAGGACAUCGCGGACAUGCACAGCAACCUGUCCAACUACCACCAGUACAUAGUGAAGUGUCAUGGCAACACGCUUCUGCCCCAGUUCCUGGGCAUGUACCGAGUCAGUGUAGAAAAUGAGGACAGCUACAUGCUUGUCAUGCGAAAUAUGUUUAGUCAUCGUCUUCCUGUGCACAGGAAGUAUGACCUCAAGGGCUCGCUAGUGUCCCGGGAAGCCAGCGAUAAGGAAAAGGUUAAAGAACUGCCUACUCUUAAGGAUAUGGAUUUCCUCAACAAGAACCAGAAAGUGUAUAUUGGUGAAGAAGAGAAGAAAGUAUUUCUGGAGAAGCUGAAGCGCGAUGUGGAGUUUCUAGUGCAGCUGAAGAUCAUGGACUACAGCCUUCUGCUGGGCAUCCACGACAUCAUCCGGGGCUCUGAGCCAGAGGAGGAGGGGCCCGCACGGGAGGACGAGUCAGAGUGGGAUGGAGACUGUAACCUGGCUGGACCUCCUGCUCUGGUGGGCUCCUAUGGCACCUCCCCUGAGGGCAUUGGAGGCUACAUCCAUUCCCACCGGCCCCUGGGCCCAGGAGAGUUUGAGUCCUUCAUCGAUGUCUAUGCCAUCCGGAGUGCCGAGGGGGCCCCCCAGAAGGAGGUGUAUUUCAUGGGUCUCAUUGACAUUCUAACACAGUAUGAUGCCAAGAAGAAAGCGGCUCAUGCAGCCAAAACUGUCAAGCAUGGGGCGGGGGCAGAGAUCUCGACUGUCCAUCCUGAGCAGUAUGCUAAGCGAUUCCUGGAUUUUAUUGCCAACAUCUUUGCCUAAGAGCCUGCCUGACUCCGUGGUGAUUGCUGCUUUAUGUUGAAGGUGGCGGGUUCUGAGAGUCUUGGGGGAACUGAAUUUGGCUACUGUUCCUUCUCUUCUUUGCUAAAUUCAGGCUGCAGGUUCCUUCCAUCCAAAUCAUUCCAUUUUGGCGGAUAGGCUUUUCCUGCCGAGAAAUACACUCUCCUUUCCCCCUUACCUGCUUUCCUGCCCGCUCUCCCUGCUCCCAGUAAGUCCUCUUGCUUCAUUAGAGUGUUGUUGUGACUCUCCUAAGUGCCUUGAUCUUUGAAAAGUAUCUUGUUUCUAUGAAAUAGGAGGAGCUGGGGUAGGGGUUGUUUGCUAUCCUCGGGACCUGACUGGACAGUGGACGUGACUCAAGCAACUACCCUGGAUGCACUUUGCUGUGUGGAAGAAACUGAAUGUCAGGAUUUUGCUGAUACCUUUAUAGGACUCUUUGUGGCAUGCUUCCUUCCUGUAGGCCCCAGAAUGGAGGGCUUUCAGGAAACUUCAGAUGUGGGUGCAGGCAUUCACACAUGGACAACUGGCCUGGAGGUGAGGUGGGCAGUGGUCAGCAGGCUGGCACCUCACAGAGGCAGGACCUAAGUGGACUUUUGUGACCAUACAGAGAAUGGAGAAGUUCCCUGUCAUCACUGACUGCUGCCCAUUCUCUUCCUCCACCCCACCCCACUUUGACCUGUACCCAUGUACAUGGCCAACAGUGCCCAAACCUAGGGGCAGGUGUGGGGCCUCUGCUGCUGCACCUCCAGGAACCUUGCACCUUCUCUGGGGGUGGAGCCUUCGGAGGGGGCGCAUCGGAGGCUGGGCGGACAGGUCGGAGUGCAAGGUUCAUUCCCUAUUGAAGUUUUCCUUCUUCCUGUCCAGUUACUCCCAAGGUCCCUUUCUAGCUCCAUGUGGGAAUUUACAUAAUUUCAAGAGGUUAGGCAUCUUGAGUAUGGGAGCAUCCCCAGUCCCUGGACAUAGGUACCUAGCACACUUUGUCCUCUCUUCUCAAACACUCUCUCUAGUUGGAUUUGUUAUUCUGUUCCCUUCUGCCCCAUCUUUCACUGCUAAUGUGUCUCCCAGGGGACAGAUGGCCUCUUUGUCAUCUUCACUUCCCACCCCCAGAGAGGAGUCAGAGCCAUAACUCAAUCACCCAGUCCCUUCCAAAGAUAGCUGAGUUAGUGCGUGAUAUCCUCAGAAUGGAGAGGAGCUCCGGCAUGGCAGCUCAUGCCCGUACAACCCAGCACUCAGGAGGCUGUGGCAGAGUUAGUGAGAGUUCAAGGCUAGCGUGGGCAGCCUGGGCU